UCAGUACCUGCGGAGCUUCAGUCAAGUUUUCUUCAACUGGUAUGCGAGCUCAGGUUUGGUUAGUUUUCAUCCCGUUCCUUGUAAUUUUCUCAUCAUCAAAAGGAACUCCUGUUACCCGGUCACCCUCUAGAGUACCAAAUCCGACCGGAUCUUUAGAUAAACGAGAAGCAUGCAAAUUCGACUUUGAAAAUGGGCUCCAUGGCUGGGAAAAGACUGGUACAGCUUUCAAUAACCAGCCGACAUACGGUGACAACCCUACAGCUCGGAAUCGGGGACAACCUGCCAAACAGCAAGGGGAUUGGUGGAUUGGGGGUGCCGAGGACAGACCAUCAAAUGUGUCAAAGGCAGGACUACUGCAAGGUGACAGACCACAGGGAACCAUCACUUCGCCACCCUUUAAAAUCAUGGGCAGUACCAUUGCAUUCCUCAUCGGUGGAGGCUGUGAUAUAAACUCUGUUCGUGCUGAAUUGAUUGUCAAUAACAAGGUUGUGCGAAGAACAACCGGUAAGUGCCAUGAAACAAUGACCCGUCAAUUCUGGUAUGUUCGGGACUUUAUUGGUCAACGUGCUCAAGUCAAAUUGGUUGACUUCAGCUCUCGUGGAUGGGGUCACAUCAACUUUGACGAUCUUGAAGGCGACAUAACCUGCUCAAACCUGGAAAACACUGGAUUGCGUGGGCUGGGCUUUACGACUGAUAUCUUAAAAACCGAUAUCUCUAAAGAAAGCUGUGUGUUCGACUUCGAAGAAGGUAUUGAUGACUGGCAUAGAACCGGUUCAGCGUUUGACAGCCAGCCGACAUACGGUGACAACCCGACAGCUCGUAGGAGAGGACAGCAUGCCAAUCAACAAGGGAACUGGUGGAUUGGAGGAUACGAGAGGCGGCCUUCAAAAUCGGCUCCUGCAGGAUACGGACAAGGAGACGGGCUACAAGGGACUCUUACGACUCCAUCAUUCAUCAUCGGGGGAAAAUACAUUACAUUCUUGAUCGGUGGAGGUUGUAACAUCAAUUCCGUUCGCGCUGAACUGAUUAUUGAUUAUGAGGUUGUCAGAAAAGCGACCGGGGAGUGCCACGAGACAAUGACCCGUAAAUUCUGGGAAGUUGGAGAUUUCAUUGGCCGAACUGCGCAAGUCAAACUGGUGGACUUAAGCUCUGGAAGCUGGGGUCACAUCAACUUUGAUGAUCUGAGAGGCGACAUUACCUGUUCAGCCCCUGAAAACAGUGCAUUAUGCAGCUUUGACUUUGAAGAAGGACUUGAUGGCUGGGUUAGGACUGGUACAGCAUUUGACAACCAGCCGACCUAUGGUGAUAACCCUACAGCUCGGAACCAAAGACAACCUGCCAAUCAACACGGGGACUGGUGGAUUGGAGGAUACGAGGACCGACCAUCGAAGUGGGCCACAGCAGGACGAAGCCAGUUGGAUGCACCACAGGGAACUCUUACGUCUCCAACAUUUGACAUACAGGGAAAUUAUAUUUCGUUUCUGAUUGGUGGAGGCUGUGACGUAGACGCCAUUCGUGCUGAGUUAAUAGUCGAUGACAGAGUUGUCAGGAAUGCAACUGGUAAUUGCCACGAGACAAUGACACGAAAAUUCUGGCAUGUUGGAGAUCUUCUCGGUCAUUUUGCACAAGUGCGUCUGGUCGAUUUUAGCUCUGAAGGCUGGGGUCACAUCAACUUUGACGAUAUGAAGGGCGACAUAAUUUGCACGGGCUCUAAUGAAGACAUUGACACUUUCCUUUAAGUUUUCGAUUAGAAAAUGAAAAACAGUCAGAGUAUUCCAUAAAACUUUAUAUGAUAAAUGGAUUAAGUUCAAGCAAUCAAGGUAAAAAGCUUUAUUUUCACCUCUUUAGUUCCUGUUUGUAAACUUGCUUGUUUUUUUCCUUAGUAUUUCUCUAUUAGACAAUGUAUCAGGGUCGUAAAUGUACUGGACUCCGCUGCACUAUUACUGAGCUCAAAGCGGGGACGCCAUGUUGGUGCCUAUCCAAGUGGCCUCAACAUGGCGGCCAUGAAGUAACGUAAUCAUUUGUUACCUUUUUUGGCCCCUAAAGUCAUUAGUUAUCCACCGUGGAUAAAAGCACAUAGCGAUCAUUCAGCGAUCAUAGCGGCCGUGAAGUACCGUAAUAAUUUGUUGUCUUUUUUGGCCUCUCAAGUAAUUAGUUACCAUCGUGGAUAAAAGCACAUAGCAACCAUUGCUUCGAUCGCAGUUGUAGAUUUUGAGUGAACCAGACAAAAGUCCUUUAAAUGAACCAGUUCUGAUAUCAAGACAGCAUAUCCAACAUAAGUUAUCUUUAUUCACUUUAUGUACUACAGUAGUAUUAACGUGGAAAUUGUGUAAUUGAGAACAAUAUAAAAAAAAUGACU